UGCAUCAUACAAACGUAUUAUCACCGCUACAAAAUAUCUAUUUCUCUCCUUUCAAUAUCUCUUUUGUUCCCCCCUCCCACAUCAUCCACACAUAUUCCCUCUAGGGUUCCGCUAGGGUUUCAACACGAUGCAACCCGCAAGUUCAAUGGUUCCACCACCAAUGGCGGCGGCGCCACAGUACCAACAACAGUGGAUGCCUCAGCAGCCUCAACAGGCGCAGCCGGCGUACCAGGUUCCGCCGCCUCAGCAAUCCGGUUACUAUUAUCAGCAACCACCGCCGCAAGGCGGAGCACCACCACCUCAACAACAACAACAAUCUCAGUGCACGGCAUCCGCGGCUCAGCCGACCAGUGCUGAUGAGAUCCGUACACUUUGGAUUGGAGAUCUACAGUUUUGGAUGGAUGAACAGUACCUAUAUAACUGCUUCGCGCAAACUGGAGAGGUGGUCUCUGCUAAAGUUAUUCGUAACAAGCAAACUCAACAAUCAGAGGGUUAUGGCUUUAUUGAGUUUAAUAGUCAUGCAGCUGCUGAAAGGAAUCUACAAGCAUACAAUGGCACCUUGAUGCCUAAUAUUGAGCAAAAUUUUAGGCUCAACUGGGCAUCACUCGGUUCGGGUGAAAAGCGUUCAGAUAAUGGUCCUGAAUACACAAUAUUUGUUGGAGACUUGGCAGCUGAUGUCACAGAUUACAUGCUUCAGGAGACAUUCAGGGCCAACUAUUCCUCAGUCAAGGGUGCCAAGAUUGUAACAGAUAGGGCAACUGGACACACAAAGGGUUAUGGAUUUGUUAGAUUCGGGGAUGAGAGUGAGCAAUUACGUGCUAUGACUGAGAUGAAUGGAAAGUUUUGCUCCACUAGGCCCAUGCGCAUUGGUCCAGCAGCUAACAAGAAGAGUGCAGGUGGUCAGAUGCAAG